AUGUCCCUCCGUGAGCACGCACUGUCUCUCUUCCGCAGCGCAGUGGGCACCGUCCAGCCAGCUCCGAUGCUGAAGAGGGCUGUGAAGCUCCUGGGAGACGGGUGCCCUCAGCUGCUGGUGAAGGGCCAGGCCUUUCCAGUGAAGAGGGGCCUGUACCUGGUGGGUUUCGGCAAAGCUGUGCUGGGGAUGGCUGCCGCAGCAGAAGAGAUCCUGGGAGACCACCUCAUUCAGGGGAUCAUCAAUGUGCCACUAGGCAUCCAGGAGAGCCUGCAGCGCAGGUUGCAGCGAUCAGGAAUGCAGGAGAUGCUCCUGAAGCCACACAGCAAAAUCCAGGUCAUCGAAGGUGCCAAGAACAACCUCCCGGACCCAGAGGCUCUGAAGGGAGCAGCUGCCAUCCAGGAGCUGGCUGAGGGUCUGACUGUGGACGACCUACUCCUUGUGCUCAUCUCAGGGGGUGGAUCAGCCCUACUGCCUGCUCCCAUCCUUCCCAUCCUCCUUGAAGAGAAGGAGAAACUCACAAAGAUGCUGGCUUCCCGAGGAGCUGCCAUACAGGAGCUGAACAUUGUCCGAAAGACUCUGUCCUUGCUGAAGGGUGGAGGGCUGGCCCGGCUCGCAUAUCCCGCACAGGUGGUGAGCCUCAUCCUUUCUGAUGUGAUUGGUGACCCCCUGGACAUCAUAGCGAGUGGGCCCACUGCUGCCAGCUCCCACAGUGUCCAAGACUGCCUUCAGAUACUCGCCAAAUACAACCUGCUGCACAACCUGCCCAAGUCAGUGGAAACAGUCCUGUCCAGCUCUCCCACCAAGCCCGCUGUUCUGGAAGACUACUCCCAUGUUUGCAACAUCAUCAUCGGGUCAAAUAUGCUGGCUUUAGACGAGGCCAGACGCCAAGCCGAGGGCCUGGGCUACGCAACUUUGAUUCUGAGCACAGCAAUCUGCGGGGAAGUCAGCCGCAUUGCCACGCUGUACUGCCAGCUCAUCCGGCUGGUCUGCCUGGGCUUCGCUGGCCUCGGAGAAGGGCCCCUGAGUUACGAGGUGAGAAGGAAUCUCCUGCAGCUGGCGGCAGAGCUAGAGAUCCCAGGCUUGAACCUUGCUGAGUUUCUACAGGCCCUGCAAGGAUUAGGGCCCGAAAAACCAGUCUGCAUUCUGGCCGGUGGAGAAACCACAGUUCAGCUUCAAGGAACCGGCAAGGGAGGGAGGAACCAGGAGCUGGCCCUGCGUGUGGCACUGGGGCUGCACAGGGCACAGGCUAUGGAAGCCAGCAGCCCCCCAGGGAGGUGUGAGAUCCUCUUCCUCAGUGGGGGAACGGAUGGGCAGGAUGGGCCGACGGAGGCGGCAGGGGCCUUCUGCAGCCCAGAGCUGGUAGAUAAGGCGCUGCAGGAGGGCCUCGAUGUGGAGGCCUUUCUCAGCACCAAUGACUCCUAUACGUUCUUCAGCCAGUUCCAAGGUGGGCAUCACCUCCUCAUGACAGGCUUGACCGGCACCAAUGUGAUGGACAUCCAAGCCAUUUUAAUUAGAGCCACAGACAGACCAUGA